AUCCAAAAAAAAUAAAAAAAUCUUGUCCUGUGGAAUAAUUUUCAAACCCUGUUAACCGCACCAGUUUAGUUAAAUUCCCAAGCAAUUUGAUGGUACGCUCUUCCAAUUCGUCGUAAUGUUUUACAUGGACAGCGUAAAGCUGUUUUCUCUUUUGAAAUCCUGCAUUAAUUCAAAAUCAUUAACAAAUGGCAAAGUCAUACACCAAAAAUUAAUCACUUUAGGCUUACAAAACGAUAUUGGGCUGUCCAAAAACCUCAUCAAUCUCUAUAUCUCGUGCCAUGAAUUUCAAUCUGCUGAGUUAGUUUUCCAAACCAUAGAAAACCCUUUAGACAUCACCUUAUGGAAUGGCCUUAUGGCUGCUUACUCCAAGAACUUCAUGUACAAUGAAGCUCUUGAACUUUUUGAAAAGCUUUUGAAGUUCCCUCAUAUUAGGCCAGAUAGUUACACUUACCCAAGUGUAAUCAAGGCUUGUAGCGGGUUAAAAAGGGCAGAAAAUGGUAGAAUGAUUCAUGCCCAGUUGAUAAAGAUUGGGAUUUUGUCAGAUGUUGUGGUUGCUAGCUCUAUGAUUGGUGUGUAUGCGAAGUGUGAUAUGUUUGAUUAUGCUGUACAGCUGUUUGAUGAAAUGCCUGAAAGAGAUGUUGCGAGUUGGAACACAGUGAUAUCUUGUUAUUAUCAGAGUAGGCAAUAUGAGAAAGCGCUUGAAUUGUUUGAAAAUAUGAAGAGAAUGGGGUUCAAGCCUAAUUCAGUUACGUUUACCUCUGCUAUUUCUUCAUGUGCAAGAGUUAUGGAUUUGGAAAGAGGGACGAGGAUUCACCAGGAUUUGGUAAGAAGCGAAUUUGUUUUGGAUGAUUUUAUUAUUACUGCUCUUGUGGAUAUGUACGGGAAAUGUGGAUGUUUAGAGAAGGCCAAAGAAGUUUUUGAGCAAAUAAAGAAGAAGAGUUUAGUAGCUUGGAAUGUAAUGAUUUCAGGGUAUGGAUUGAGAGGAGAUAGUAAAUCAUGUAUUGAACUUUUGCUGAGGAUGAAUGAGGAAAAAAUUAGGCCUAGUUCGACAACUGUUAGCAGCUUACUGAUGGCUUGUUCUAAAUCAGCUCAACUGCAUCAUGGGAAAUUUGUUCAUGGCUACAUUAUCAGGAAUGACAUAGAAACGGAUAUCAUUGUUAGUAGCUCACUUGUUGAUUUAUAUUUCAAAUGUGGAAGUAUUGUACCAGCUGAAAGAAUCUUCUUGAAGAUGCCGAAGAAUAAUGUAAUUUCUUGGAAUGUGAUGAUCUCUGGAUAUGUAUCAGUUGGCAGUUACUUUGAGGCUCUUGGCAUCUUCAAUGAGAUGAGAGAAGUUGGCAUAAAACCUGAUGCAGUUACUUUUACCAGUGCAUUGGCAUCUUGUACUCAAUUGGCUGCUUUAGAACAGGGCAAGGAAAUUCACAAGCUGGUCAUGGAGAGUAAAGUGGAGCCAAAUGAGAUAGUCAUGGGAGCCCUCCUUGACAUGUAUGCCAAAUGCGGAGCUGUAGAUGAAGCUCUUUGUGUUUUUAAUCAGCUUCGCAAGAGAGAUCUUGUGUCAUGGACAUCAAUGAUCGUGGCUUUUGGGUCUCAUGGCCAGGCUCAUGAAGCUCUAAAACUUUUUUCUGACAUGCUGCUCUCAAAUGUGUCACCAGACAGAGUGGCCUUCAUUGCAAUAAUUUCUGCAUGUAGCCAUGCAGGAUUAGUUGAUGAUGGCUAUCAUUAUUUCAAUGUAAUGGUCAAUGACUACAAAAUCCAACCAAAUUAUGAAGACUACUCAUGUCUUAUUGAUCUUCUUGGUCGUGCUGGUAGAUUAGAUGAAGCUUAUGCGAUUCUACAGAGAACUCCCUGUAUCCAAGGGGAUGUUGGUUUGUUAAGCACUCUAUUCUGUGCUUGCCAUAAGCAUGGGGAACAAAAAAUAGGGGAGGAAAUUGCUAGAUUGCUCAUGCAAAAGGACCUGGAUGAUCCAUCCACCUACACUAUUUUGGCAAACAUGUAUUCUUCGAACAGAAGAUGGGAUAUUGCACGCAAGUUUAGGAUGAAGAUGAAAGAGCUUGGAGUAAGAAAAAACCCUGGAUGUAGCUGGGUUGAAAUUGACAAGAGAAUACAAACCUUCUUCGUGGAGGAUAAAUCUUUCCCAUUCGCAGAGAUGGUAUAUGAGUGCCUGUCCAUAAUAAGCAGUCACAUGGAGAAGGAUGAAUUGCUUUAUGAUUGAACUGACAUGGGCUCUUCAUUCUGAAGCAGCUGUUCGCCUAAAAUCAUCUACACUGUCCUGACAAUGUGUGUCUCCCAUUAUGAAUUAUAUGUCUUUGAACUCUGGUGACUAAAGAAGUGCUUUCAGGAAAGGGCGGUGAGAUCCUAGGACAAGGAAAAGGCAUGAAGUGAUCAGACAUAAAUGGUAUAUCUAGAAAGAAAUAAGCAGUGCGCAUUGAGUACCAUUAAUAUGUGUAGUUAUACAACAAAUUUUAUGACAAACAGAGGGAGAAUGGUGAAAGAUUCUCCAUAGAAAAAAGGUAACUUCAAAAUGAGUACUGAACAUGAGAAGUUGAUCAAAUUACAGCCAUUUAUCACAUUUUGGAGUGGGAAAGAGUCGGAGAACUUGGCAACUGGUUCUAUGGGCUAGAACUGAAAUGGAAAAUCAGAAGAUGUGAAUUAUUGUUAACUUUUUUCACCAUUUACAAAGUGCAUAGUAAAGUGGGCAAUUGCUUCCUGCAGUGGCUGAGCAAGUAACUGGCGUUUUGUGAGUUUAAGAGUUUGUCUAGUAAUAGGACUCAAAGCUUGGUAGUUCAGGUCAGAAACAGCAGAAAAUUAAGGCAAAACAAAAGCUCAAGGUGGCUGUGGAGGAGAAUGAGAAGUUGAUGAAGAUUAUUCUCUGAGGAUUUGUCCAGAACUAACAAAAUUCAGAUAGAUUUGCUCCAAAACAAGUGCUGCUUUCCUGCUUCAGCAGAUUCGUAGAUUUGUCCUGUUUUUACUCGUCACUGCAACGGACUGCUGGUGUCUUUGCUUGCAUUGCCUGCCCUAAUGCUGGAUAACUCAGGACAUCUCAAAAGCUGAUAUAGUUGGGCCAUUCUUGAACUUACUGUCUGUGGAACUGGAAUGCGAUGACUACUGCAAGCAUGAAGCAUGAAAAUAAAUGGAAACUGCCAUAAAAAAUCCUUCUACUGCAGAAUUAAGUAUGCAGAAGAUUUCAGGUGAGGAAUCUCACUGAUUCAUUUUCCAGUUCAUCUUAUGAAGUGAUUGUUGAUAAACCACAGUUUGAGUUUGGAAUAUUUGUACAAGCCUGGUGUUCAGCAAUGAUUCAUUCAAAAGCAAUCCUUAUCCGAAUUAAACUUUAGUGCGGGUAUCCGAUAUCCAUGUGAAUGCAUGUUUAGGCAAAGAAAAUGGACUACUGCACUUGUUUGCCAUGACAAGGGAGACGCGCUCUAACUUCUGAUCAAAGUUACAUUGUUCCUGCAUCAUUCAGUUGCCAAUUCUAAUUAUUUUAUUCAUCUGUGGAUGGGGAGAUCUGUCUGUAUCUUUGCUUUUGCUUAAUAUUAAGGAUGAUAUUCCCCAAUGUUUCUAUUUGUUUAAUAGUACUCUGUGGGCAUAUAAUCUUUUGUUGGGGGAGGGUUAGGAAUCUUCUCAUCUCAUACAAUUAGGAAAAUUGUUAUCCUUGAUUGACUAAGAUUGAUUAUGCAGAUACUUCAGAGGUAAAAUUGAACA